CCGCCCAUUUCCCCGGGUCCUUUGAUCACGCGCCUGCCGGCUCUUCCGGGGCCUGAGAGCCAACCGAGGGCGUUCCUGUCCGGGCUACAGCGGCGGGAGGGAGCCCAGUGGAGGCGCCCUCCCGAGGCACUACUGCCCAUGCUGACCACCCAGCCCUCCGGCUGCCGAUGUCAUGAGUAACACUACAGUGCCCUAUGUCCCUCAGGCCAACAGCGACUCCAUGGUGGGCUAUGUGUUGGGGCCUUUCUUCCUCAUCACCCUGGUCGGGGUGGUGGUGGCUGUGGUAAUGUAUGUCCAGAAGAAAAAGCGAGUGGACCGGCUUCGCCAUCACCUGCUCCCCAUGUACAGCUACGACCCCGCCGAGGAACUGCAUGAGGCUGAGCAGGAGCUGCUGUCCGAUGUGGGAGACCCCAAGGUGGUACAUGGCUGGCAGAGCGGCUACCAGCACAAGCGGAUGCCCUUGCUUGAUGUCAAGACCUAACCUGCCCCGCCCCCGCCCACCCCCGCCCCCCACCCCGAUCUCCAGAACCAUGGGGUCUUGGCAGUGCCCGGGGCCCGUUGCUUCCCUCCCCACGUGUACUCACCCAGCUCCCCCUGCUGGGUACCAGGGCUCCUUUCCUCCCAUCCGUCCCCAGUAGCACCUCCCCCCAGGCCUUCAGUGCUUUGUGGGCUGAGCCUACCAUCCACACCCACGGGGCUAAUACAGGUUUUUCCUUCUGGGGUGGAAGGGUGGUGGGAGGGUUUCGUGGGCACCACCCUCCUCCGAGCCCUCCCCAGCUUGGCUUUGGAUUGGUUUCCAUGGUGACAGGGCUUAAUGUAUAGUAUUCAGUAUAUAUAUUUUGUAAAUAAAGAUGUUUUGUGGCUA